AUGGGAAGGCAGUCCCAGAAGGAAAGGAACCUUCAGAAGAGGAGAUCAGAGGGUGACCGCGGCGACGCGGCUGCUGAUGCGGCUCGGGAGGAAUUAGUGCGGGCGCGUUUGUUGGCAGAAUUGUCAACAUUACGUGAGAAACAUGACAAACUCAGCAUUAAAUUGCAGGAACCUGAAGAGGAUUUGGGCGGUUCUUUUGGCAAUUGGAUCGGUGGAAGUCCCGCAGGUGCCGGUAGCGAUUGGAGAGCUGAUGGAGCGGCGCGAGGGGCGUUUCUCGGGCAGGAUGAUCGCGAUGCCAUCGAGGCGCUUUUCAAUGAAUCCAAUGACAGCUUUACUCGGGAAUUUAAUGAAGGCAGCGGUUCUGUUGAACGUGACGGAAUACCGGAGAAAAUGAUGUCCUCCGUCAGAUAA